AUGGUGGUUAAAGAGUGUUGUACCGCCAUGCUCAUCAAUGACAUGGACAUCUCUCGUCUCAUGGUUUAUGCACAACAAAUCGAAGAGGAGAAACUUAAAGAAAGGUCAAGGGUAACAAAGAGGGCUAAAACCAGUUAUGGUUCCUAUAAUGCCCCUUCUAAAUUCAACAAAGAGAGGGUGUAUAACCCUAAACCUCAAGGAGGGAAUAAUGGUGGAUCUUUAUUGCCUAGGUCUACUUGUGUUAAGUGUAGCAAGAAGCAUGAGGAUAAGUGUCUAGCCGGCACGAAUGGUUUCUUUAGUUGUGGUAAGAGUGGUCAUAAGAUGAGGGAUUGUCCAAUGCUUAUGGCUAAGGGAAGAGAGGGAAAGCAAGCUCCUUCUAGUGGUUUGGGUUCCAAUGCUCCCAAGCAAAACCGAUUAUAUGCACUCCAGACUCGUGGUGACCAAGAGGGUUCUCCAGAUAUAGUUACCGUCUCGAGAGUAGCCUUAGACAUACUAGCAAUGCCAGAUCCACUGGGAGCUGCUGUGGAUGGCUUAGCUGGCACUGUUUGA